GACUUGCUGAACUAGUAUCCCCAAACAGUUAGUGUUGAGAGUCGAUCAAGAGCAGUUGUUCUACCAUUCUUCGUUUUUUAUUUGUAAUUUUCAAAAUGAUGAUCAAAUUGAUCGUGUUUGCGAGUUGUUUGCUGAUUUUGGUAUCCGGGCAUCGCCAUCACGAUGGGUGUCAUCAUGGUGAUCACCGGAACGGUCAUCAGCAUGGACAUGAUCACAGUCAUGGACACGGUCGCGGUCAUGGCCACGGACACGGCGGUCACAGUCACGGACAUGGACACCACCAUGGGCGACAUCACUGGCAUCGACAUGGACCGUUUGUGAAUUUUGAGGCGCACGAACCGAAUGGUUUGACAGUAUCCAUGGUUCAACGUAAUCCGAAUACGACGUUCUUUGGGAUUGAGCUAUACGUGAAUCGAGUGCCUGAGCCGUCGCAGCAAUGCGAUGUUUGCCACAACACUACGACGGUUACUUACGGAAAGUUCAUCGUUGAAGAUACAGAAGCUGUUGUGAAGAAAGGAGAUGCUCUGUACUAUUUUGUAUUGCUGGGAGAUAGCUCAAAUGUUACUCGUUCGCAUCUGCAGAAACUGUGGGUUACAGACUCAAUUGUCAACAAAUGCAAUUGCGAAACAACUUCAGCUGAUCCGGAUAUCGACAUUCGCUUUGGACAGCCCACAGAACUGCCAGAUCGCCGUCCAACCUUUGGCGUGAAGCCUACGUUUUCAGAAGGAGAUAUGCCUGAAGGGCCCACUUCUUUUGACGAUUCUCACUCAAAUGAAUUGGGCUUCGACGAAAACGUUCCGUUCGAAUGCGAUCUGGAUCCCAUCACCAACCUGUGUCGCACGGGGAAGAGCGAUAAACUUACGGCAUCAAACGAGGAUCUUCAGCGCGAAGUGGACACUUUGAAGGCGAUCGUCGAGCAUAUGAGAAAAUCUUGUGGUCCACGCGGUACCACCAAUGUUCUGCGUCUGCAGCGUCCAGGCUUGUCUACGGGCGAUAUAGAACAAAUGACCAGUACUGUCAAGGCAUCGUUCGGGCUUAGCCCGGAUAUGAAGAAGCUUACCCACAGGAUUGCGCGCGUUAUUCCGGACGAUCGGAUGUCUGGCGCUGUUCUUUUCGAAAUGGUCACUUACGUUGACAAGCAGAAAGUGUUGUAUCAUGUGCGAAUGCAUAAUUCGAACGACAUAAUUGACAAUGAUUUUCGGCAGUCAGGAAGGCCCGACCGCAGAGGUUGAAUGAAGCCGAUUUGUUUAUCUAGAUUAAGAUGGUGUUGAAAACAUGUGAAUGUAAUUUGAUAUUAAUAAACUGUUUUAUAAAUGUGA